GCCCAACUGGCUAAGCCUAACACUAAUUCCAAGCCGCAAGCUCAGUAUUAGCCAUGGCAACUCUUGCUAUUCCUCUGGUCAUUUCCUUUCUCAAACCACACUCUACUCACUUUUCUCUCCUCCGCCCCGGCAAACCCAACCCUAAUCGGCUAUACAACGCGCCACUUAGUAACCGUCUCUUUUACAGAACCUCCGCCGUUAGCACCUCAGCAGUUCCGUCGACUGGGUCUAACAGUGAGACACAAAAAGCGUCUGUUCUUACUUUUCAACAAGCCAUUCAAAGGCUCCAGGAAUAUUGGGCUUCGGUUGGAUGUGCUGUAAUGCAAUGUAGCAAUACAGAGGUUGGGGCUGGGACAAUGAAUCCACUGACAUAUCUAAGGGUUCUUGGUCCGGAACCAUGGAAUGUCGCGUAUGUGGAGCCUAGUGUUCGUCCCGACGAUAGUCGGUACGGAGAAAACCCAAACAGGCUCCAACGUCACACUCAAUUUCAGGUUAUAUUAAAGCCUGAUCCUGGAAACUCACAAGACCUCUUUAUUCGCAGUCUAUCAGCUUUAGGUAUUGAUGUUGGGAAACAUGAUAUUCGUUUUGUCGAGGACAAUUGGGAGAGCCCGGUCCUUGGUGCAUGGGGUUUGGGCUGGGAAAUCUGGAUGGAUGGGAUGGAGAUCACUCAAUUCACCUACUUCCAGCAGGCUGGCAGUCUUCAAUUGUCACCAAUAUCUGUAGAGAUUACUUAUGGUCUUGAGCGUAUCCUCAUGCUGCUUCAGGGAGUUGAUCAUUUUAAGAAAAUUCAGUAUGCUAAUGGAAUCACAUAUGGGGAGCUGUUCUUGGAAAAUGAGAAGGAAAUGAGUGCGUAUUAUUUAGAGCAUGCCAGUGUUCUUCAUCUUCAGAAACACUUUGAUUUUUUUGAGGAAGAAGCCCGUUCAUUAAUUGCUUCAGGCUUUCCAAUCCCUGCGUAUGAUCAGCUUUUGAAGACAUCUCAUGCUUUUAAUAUCCUAGACUCUAGAGGCUUUGUUGGAGUAACUGAACGUGCUCGUUAUUUUGGUCGAAUGCGUAGUUUAGCUCGUCAAUGUGCACAACUUUGGUUAAAGACGAGGGAAUCCCUUGGUCAUCCACUGGGUAUUGUUUCUGAGCCUGUUAAUCUUAUAUGCCCUAAACAAUAUUUGGAGGCAGCAGUCGAAAAGGUCCAUGAUAAUCCGAGGUCAUUUGUACUUGAAAUUGGGACUGAAGAGAUGCCACCUCAAGAUGUUGUUAAUGCAAGCGAGCAACUUAAAGAUUUCGUAUUGCAAUUACUAGAUAAACAAAGAUUGAGCCAUGGAGAAGUACAGGCUUUUGGUACACCUCGAAGACUAGUGGUUUAUGUUAAGAGUCUUUGCAAGAAGCAAGCUGAGAAUGAGAUUGAGGUUCGAGGGCCUCCUGUUUCAAAAGCCUUUGAUGACCAUGGAAAUCCUACAAAGGCUGCUGAGGGGUUUUGUCGCAGAUAUGCUGUUCCAUUGGAUUCGCUGUUCACAAAAAAUGAUGGGAAAACAGAGUAUGUUUAUGCUCAUGUGAAGGAGUCUGCCCAGCUUGCUUUGGAGGUUUUAUCUGAAGAUGUGCCUAGUAUCAUUGGUAAAAUAUCAUUCCCGAAGUCAAUGCGUUGGAACUCUGAGGUCAUGUUCAGCAGACCUAUUCGUUGGAUUAUGGCUCUCCAUGGAGAUGCUGUUGUUCCGUUUACAUUUGCAGGAAUCUUGAGUGGAAACCUAUCUUAUGGUCUUCGUAAUACUCCUGCUGCCACUGUUAUGGUAGAAAGUGCAGAAUCUUAUGCGGAUGUGAUGAGGAAUGCUGGAAUUAGUAUUGAAAUUGAGGAUCGGAAGAAAACAAUUUUGGAGCUUUCCAAUGCUUUAGCAAAAAGUGUCAAUGGCCGCAUCACUGUUCAGCAAAGCUUACUUAAUGAGGUUGUAAAUCUUGUUGAGGCGCCUGUUCCAAUUCUAGGGAAGUUCAAAGAGUCCUUCUUAGAGCUUCCAGAAGAUCUUCUAACCAUGGUUAUGCAGAAGCACCAGAAGUACUUCGCCUUGACUGAUGAUAAGGGGAAGCUCUUGCCAUACUUCAUUGCUGUUGCAAAUGGAGCAAUCGAUGAGAUGGUAGUAAGGAAAGGAAAUGAAGCUGUGCUGAGAGCUCGCUAUGAAGAUGCUAAGUUUUUCUACGAGAUGGAUACAUGUAAAAAAUUUGCAGAAUUUCGAGGUCAACUAAAAGGGAUUCUUUUUCAUGAGAAGCUUGGUACGAUGCUGGACAAGAUGAUGCGUGUCCAAAACAUGGUUAACGAUCUAAGUAUUGAACUGGGAAUGAAUGGAGAUAUGCUUCAGACUGUUCAAGAUGCUGCAUCACUUGCAAUGUCAGAUCUUGCAACUGCUGUUGUUACGGAGUUCACUUCUUUGUCAGGCAUAAUGGCACGUCAUUAUGCACUUAGAGAUGGGUAUCCAGAGCAGGUCGCAGAGGCUUUAUUCGAAAUCACCCUUCCUAGAUUCUCUGGAGAUGUGCUUCCAAAAACUGAUGUGGGGAUAGUUUUGGCAACUGCUGAUAGGCUGGAUAGCCUUGUUGGCUUAUUUGCUGCUGGUUGUCAGCCUAGUUCUGCUAACGACCCAUUUGGCCUGCGAAGAAUCUCGUAUGGUCUAGUUCAAAUUAUGGUUGAAAAGGAUAAAAAUCUGGAUCUGGAAUGUGCUUUAAGACUUGCUGCUGCGGUCCAAUCAAUUAAAGUAGAUGCAAGCACUAUACGUGAUGUACAUCAGUUUGUUACUCGAAGAUUAGAGCAAUUUCUGGUUGAUAAGGGAAUUAGUACAGAGGUUGUUCGUUCUGUCCUUGCAGAGCGUGCAAACUUACCUUGUUUGGCUGCAAAGACAGUAUAUAAAAUGGAAGCCUUAUCAAGAGGCGAGCUUUUCUUAAAGGUGGUUGAAGCAUAUUCUCGUCCAACAAGAAUUGUGCGUGGAAAGGAUGUUGACACUGCUUUGGAGGUGGAUGAAUCUGCAUUUGAGAUGGCUGAAGAGAGAAGUUUAUGGAGUGCUUUCUUGUCAGUCAAAAACAAAGUUGAUUCAAAUAUUGAGGUAGAUGAUUUUGUUGAAGUAUCUUCACAGCUAGUACAGCCGCUUGAAGAUUUUUUUAAUAAUGUCUUCGUAAUGGUGGAAGAAGAAAGAAUCAGAAAGAACAGACUUGCGCUGCUAAGAAAAAUUGCAGACCUUCCCAGAGGCAUAGCAGAUCUAUCGCUUUUGCCUGGGUUUUAAUAAUAAUAAUAAUCUUUUUUAAGAGAAAAGAAAAGAAAAUAUGCGGGAUUAGUAUAAUAUAAUGGAAUUAUUUAUUUAUUUAUUUAUGUGUGUGUGAGGUUCAGAACUAACGUCUAAUCGGAGAUGGAACAGGUAGGAAGAACAUGUAGUUAUAUUUUGGUAAAGAUUUUAUCUAACACAAGCGCCAUUGAUCUCA